UCAAAGCAAGUCUUUUCUUUUUUUUGCGUGACAGUCAAGGAAAACUCUUGUGUGUGUCACAUUUCCCCUUUUUGUUUAUCCUUUCCUAUCUAAUCUCAACCCCGUUAAGACAGGACAGGACUUUUUCCUUUCAUAGAGAGAUGCACGUCUGCCAUUAGAUUUUACAAUGAACCCUUAUUAGCGGUCGCUCUUUUUUUUUUCAAAUUUUUACUCGAUUUUCUUGAUAUACUAUAUUUUUUGUGUCCAAAGAGAGUCUAACUUGCGGCAAGUCUAGUUGUGCCCUGUGCUCUACGACCCCGGUAUUAUGACUGUUGAUCCGUCGGAUUGUAGGCUGUAGUGAUAUAUGGAUGUGUUGCGUCUGUGCCCCAUGUGUUCAGUGACAUUUAACCUUUGACCAAAUUGCGAAAACAAAAUUUGUCACACAAUUUCCGGUUUUCUAAACAGAUAAUAUUUCACAAUUUUUUAACAAUCGAGCUCUGACAACAGAAAAAUUUUCUCGGAGAGCUUAAAGUAAUCCUUAUUUAGUAAUUUGAACAAGAAUAAACUAUGUUUGAGUGCAUUCUAAAGACAAUGACAUAUCUACGUCUUCGAUUCUUCAGCAUUGGCUAUAAGAAGAGGAUUGCUAUUCAGCUUUUCUUGUUAAUGGUCGUGGCAUUCCUUGGACUAAUGAUUAAGCCGUUCAUCUUUGCAAACCUGGCCGAGUUGGAUAUUUUUAGCAGUAAUAGCACUUUAUCCGCAGGAGCUGGUCAAUGGGACAAAUGGUCGAUUGAAAUGGAGAAGAAAGGGUACCGUUCCAUAGGAGAUGUUUAUGAUCUUUGUGAAAAAUCUCCCCGUCGGUCUAAAAUUGGAAAAGUUCUUAUUCACUUUAAUAGAAGACGAGGGAGAGUUAUAGCGACUGUAGCGUCCAACUUUACAAUGCCGGUUUCAGCYGAACGAGGAUCGACUGUUCAUAUUAUUGCGAAGUUUUUAGGAAGAACGCUAUUUGACAAGGAGUACAACAUGUGUAAAGUGGAAGUAGACACUUUCAAGUGCCCCCUAARAAAGGGUCAAAAAAUGCAUAUUUACGAAACCUUUUCAUUACCAAAGUUUAUUCCUAAGGGUGAAUACUCUUCCUAUGCCAAAGUAUCCAACCAAGAUGGUACAUGUUUUAUUUCAGCCGAGUCUGAAUUGAAAGUGUGAACCUGUGUCUUCUGUCGUAGCAUUGUUUAAGUGCUUUCAGUCCAGCCUUUAUGGUGUCUGUAGGGGAGCUCCUUCCUUUUCCAUUCUCUUCCCCUACAGCCACAUCCCAGGCUGCUUUUAGUCGCUAAACAAAUUAUUAUCAUAUUGUAGUGUUCUUAUUUUAUUGCAAAAGUAGUACUAACAUAGUCAACGGGUUUUGAAAAAAGGAGCAUUAUUUAUAGGUUAGUCUCCUUAGUAACGGGAUACCUGUGUGGAGGAGGCACAGGUAUCCCAGUAUAAAGACCUCAURAUAUCAUGAAAUUUAAGUACACUUUGUGAACUUAGAAACUGAACAAUAGUCAUUGCAUWUAACCCAUGAAAACACUAAAUAAUUUGUUAUUGUGUGUUACUCUAGUUGAAAAAAGGGAAAAAAAUGGUUUUCCACUAGUAGYCUACUAACUAUUUAACUAUUUACCGUAAUUGUAAUGACUUUACACAGCAAUAUAAAACCUACAAGCAUGUACUAAAUAAGAAUACAAUAGCUUCUUGUAACCACAGGACUGUUAUUGACAAAAUGGUCUUAGUUUAAAUUAAGCAAAAUACAAUAGCUUCUUGUACUCACAAAAGGACUGUUAUUGACAAAUUUCAAGCAUAUUUUAAAUUAAGCAAAAUUUUAUUAAAAAUAAUUAUAUAUUUACAAGCAAAUAAAAACAUUGUAGAUAUUAGUUGUUUAAAUAUUGACUCCAGUUUAUAGGGGGGAAGGGGUUCCUAGUGYAAUAGUGUAAUAUAGAGGACUAGGGGACUGGGAAGCAAGGUCUGAUAUUAGCCAAGAAACAGUGGAAUGUAUCAAGGUAAGCAAGUAUUUAUCAAGAACCCUGGUGGGCUCUUCCAUUACUAUAUUAUAGAGAAGAUAAAGCCAGAAUUUAC